AGCGCCCGUGUGCCACUCUUCCAUUGCUGCAAAACAUGAAUCAUUGCAUCCUGGCUACAAUCGCUUGGUGAUCAUGGCGGACAGUGCAAGCGAGAGCGAUACUGAUGGAGCGGGGAGCAGUACGGCCACCCCACAGUGCGCAUCGUCCUCAUCUUCCAGUAAACCGGGCAUAGUCAUUUCUCCGUUUCGCCUGGAGGAGUUGACCAACCGAUUGGCCUCCCUGCAGCAAGAGAACAAAGUGCUGAAAAUCGAGCUGGAAACGUUCAAACUGAAGUGCAAGGCGCUUCAAGAGGAGAAUCGAGAUCUGCGUAAAGCAAGCGUCACCAUUCAAGCCAGGGCAGAACAAGAGGAGGAGUUCAUUAGCAACACCCUGUUUAAGAAGAUCCAGGCGCUGCAGAAAGAAAAGGAAACUCUAGCAGUCAAUUAUGAGAAAGAAGAGGAGUUCCUCACUAAUGAGCUCUCCCGAAAACUUAUGCAAUUACAACAUGAAAAGGCUGAGCUGGAACAGCACUUAGAGCAGGAACAGGAGUUCCAGGUGAACAAAUUAAUGAAGAAAAUCAAGAAGCUGGAGAAUGACACAAUCUCGAAACAGCUGACCCUGGAACAGAUCAGACGUGAGAAGAUUGACCUUGAAAACACAUUAGAACAAGAGCAAGAAGCACUAGUGAAUCGACUCUGGAAGCGGAUGGACAAACUGGAAGCAGAGAAAAGAAUUCUGCAAGAGAAGUUGGACCAGCCUGUGUCAGCCCCACCCUCUCCCAGAGACGUGUCCAUGGAGAUCGACUCCCCGGAGAACAUGAUGCGACACAUCCGCUUCUUAAAGAACGAGGUGGAGAGGCUAAAGAAGAACCUGCGGACUGCAGAGCUACAGCACACGGAGAAACGGGCGCAGUACAUCGAGGAGGAGCGGCACAUGCGGGAGGAGAACAUCCGGCUGCAGAGGAAGCUGCAGAGGGAGAUGGAGCGCAGGGAGGCGCUGUGCCGGCAGCUGUCCGAGAGCGAGUCCAGCCUGGAGAUGGACGACGAGAGGUAUUUUAAUGAGAUGUCUGCUCAAGGUCUUCGCCCCCGGACAGUGUCGAGUCCAAUACCUUACACACCCUCUCCCAGCUCCAGCAGGCCCAUAUCACCUGGUCUGUCAUAUGCAAGUCACACAGUGGGGUUCACCCCCCCAGCCACCCUGACCAGGGCCGGCAUGUCCUACUACAACACCCCAGGCCUUCACGUCCACGUAGGCUCCUCGCAUGGCAUUGCGAGACCCUCUCCGAGAAGAAGCAACAGCCCCGAUAAAUUUAAACGGCCAACGCCUCCGCCGUCGCCCAACACACAGUCUGGGGUGCAGCCGCCACCCCCACCGCCCCCUCCAAUGCAGCCAAUGGCAGUCCAGCCCUCCUCUUCCCAGGCAGCUACUUCCCAGCAUUCAGUGCAUCCAUCCUCACAGCCAUAGUGCAUGACCGCUGCUGCUGUGGACUUGGGACAGAGCAAGUUACUAAGAGCCAAAGGCUUACCUGACGUAUAUGGAGUCGACAUACAUGCACUGAUAUUAUAUAGGCUUCACUGUUAACUGUGUUGUAAAUGUUUGUUUAGAAUACAGCCAGUGUUGUGGCACUACGACACUAAUCACAGCAAAACGUAUCCUUGUCAGUGCUUACUGGAACUACGUGUUUUUCGGUCUUAAACUCCUUUCGAUGCGAAACAUUUACCACUUCACCUGUGAUCAAACAAAAAUUGUUGUUAAGUUUCUUAAUGGUCAAGUUCAAAGGCUUGGAGGUCUGAUUUGGAAAAAGGGAAUCUGUAUCUGUCUGUUCCAGUACGCUUCAGGUCAGACAGACUGCAGAGUGUGUUUGCGGAAUGCCUGUAAGGGUGUUACGGAUUUUCCCAGCAUUGAAGAGUGGCACCUACAUUUCCAAUGAGGAAUGGAGAUGAAUACUAAUAGAAGCCACAACUGUCAGUGUUUGCCGCACUGAUUAAAAUGUACAGUCCCACCAGGCAUAAAUCUUGAGUGCUUGCAAUAUCCUUACAGCCUCUCCUGCUGAAAAGCAUAUCCAUCCUGCUAUAUAAAAUAUUUAACAGACCAUUUGAAUUAAAGGUACGGUAGAACAAAAAAAAAAGAGUAGUUUAAAAGCUUGUGUAAUAGGGUCUUCUUUCAUAGUGUGGAAAUUAUUGACAUUAUUUAUGUAAACCUAUAUAAAAAAAAAGUAAGUGUGCAUAUGACAUCAGCGAUUGCCAGGUAUUUGCAAACUCAUUUUGUGAGCACAAACCACAAGUGCUCUUGACAGAUUUGUGAAAGGAAGAUCUCAUCUGAGGGCAAAAAAAAGUCAGCCAUUGGUCCGAUAACCAGUAAUGCACAUCUCACUUGUAUAUUUAGAGAAAUGAGAUUGCGUAAACCAGGUACAUUGGAGUCUGUAGGCAGAGGCAGUUUAUUUGUCUCAUUUACUUUUGUUAAUAAGUGGGCUUUACAUCUUGUAAUAGUGUGGCAAUACAUGCAGCCCAUGGACUGUCAGAGUUGGAAUGUAAUGCACAAUACCUUGGAUGUGGGAAUGUGCAUACAUUCUUUUUGUCAUUGUAAAAAAUGAUUGAGUUUGCAGUGGGCUGGGUAGUACUUAUAACUUGCUGCUGGUUGUGUACUUCAAGGUUUUUCUGGAUGAUGUUUGCCUGCUCAACAUUUUGACACCUGUCCAUACUUUAAAUCUCAAGUCACGUCAAAUAUGAAGAUAUGUUUUUUUAAAGACUUCAGUAUUUACUGCUGUGAGUUGUAUCCUUUACCUAACAUGGUUCUUGCUUUGAAUUUCUCAUCACUGAUAAUUCAACAUGCAGUGUCUGUAUAACUGCUAUCACUGUGACUUUGCAGAGUAUGUUCUAGAAUAGCUCCAUGAUCCUCAGAUCAAUGUUGAAUACUGCUACAGCAAAUAGACAUUUCCUGCAAUAAU